AUGACGGCGCCAACGCUGCGGCGGCUAAGGCCAAAUGGGAGCGCCAUACGACGACAUUUGUUCCAGGACGACAGAUGGUUCACUGGCAAGGCGCCACAGCCGGGGGUUUGCCCUGGAGUUAACGAGGCCGGAGUGAUCGCAAAGCUGGCGCUGCCCAACUUGGCGACCUGUGGCCAAGCGGAGGUGCUGGAGUAUUUCGACAAUACGUGGACCUUGUAUGAGACGCUCUUUGCGGGCCUGCGGACGAGGACGGCCUUUUAUCGCCAGCCAGACCAUAAGCUGCGGCAUCCACUCAUCUUCUACUACGGCCACACGGCGGCAGUGUAUAUCAACAAGCUAAGGGUCGCUGGGCUCGUCGACAGUCCCAUAAACACCCACUUUGAGGCCCUGCUCGAGGUCGGCGUGGACGAGAACUCCUGGGAUGACCUCUCGACAGACGAGACCGAGUGGCCGGGGCUGGAUGAAGUCCACGCCUACAGAGCCCAAGUGUACACCGUCGUCUGUGAUGUUAUCGCCAGCACCAAAUGGGCGCCUGAGCUGGGACGGCCGGUCAACAUGAACGACAGAGCCUGGGCGAUUGUCCUUGGCCUUGAACACGAUGGAAUCCAUCUGGACACCAGCUCAGUCCUCAUCCGAGAGACCCCAGUCGAUCUGCUCUCUCGUCAUCCAGCCUGGCCUGCGCCGUCGACGUCUGCCCGUACCUCGCAGGAGGAGCGCCUUGUGCCAGACAACGACAUGGUCAGCGUUCCGGCCGGAGAGGUCGUGAUGGGAAAGCCAGACGACUUUCCGUCAUUCGGAUGGGACAACGAGUACGGCCAUCAGCGUGUCAGCGUUGAUGCCUUUGAGGCGAGCCGGUACUUGAUCAGUAACGGCGAGUUCUACGACUUUGUGGCUGACGGUGGUUACCGUGAGCAGCUGUACUGGUCUGAGAGCGGAUGGGGCCAGAGACGUCUGAACAACACCAAACACCCUCAUUUCUGGGUGCGAGAUGGGCCGGCAGGGCUUCACACCUACCGUCUGCGAACCAUCUUCGAAGAAGUCACCAUGCCCUGGGACUGGCCGGUCUGUGUUAACUACCACGAGGCCAAGGCGUACUGCACCUGGCGUAGCAAACGCAGCGGUCGCUCAUACAGACUCAUCACUGAAGUCGAGCAUCACCGCAUGCGAGACCCGCUACCGGAAAACCCCAGCCCCAAGGACGACCCGGUUAUGUGCAUGGACGGCCAUGCACUUGCUCGCAAGGGUAUCAACCUCAACUUUGCCUUUGGCUCGGAGACGCCAACAGACGCCUCUCCACCAACUACUAUGGGAUUCGGGGAUGUCUUUGGCAACGUCUGGCAAUGGUGCGAGGACGCCUUCGGCCCCUUGCCCGGCUUUGCCGUGCACCCUUACUAUGAGGACUUUAGCACCCCAUUCUACGGUGGUGAGCAUCAGCUCCUGCUAGGCGGUGCCUUUGCUGCCACGGGUGACGAAGCCAGUGUCUGGGGCAGGAUCCCAUUCAGACCUCACUUCCUACAGCAUUCUGGCAUCCGAAUUGCUCUCUCUGCCGGAAGCAAGAUCAAGAAGCCAACCAGGGCUGCUGCGCGUAACGAAGUCGUGGCCGAAACUGACAUCGAUGCCGAUACCCGCCGUGAGCUCAAUCAACGCAUGCUCUUACAUUACGGUUCCAUGGCCGAGACCCUUGGCCCUGCCGUACCAGAUACGGCUGGACUAAACCUGUCUCACAACUACGUGAACCGAGUAGUCGAGCUACUUGUCGAUACGGCUCGGGCCCAGGGCCUACAGCUUCACUCUGCGCUUGAUGCAAGAUGCGCCGUUGGUGGCACGACCUUCGCGCUGAGCAAGUACUUUGACAGUGUCAUCGGCGUUGACCAGAACCAGGCUUUCAUCAGCGCGGCCAACACCAUGGCUCGAUCCGGGAGCAGAAUGUAUGAGCGCCCUGAUAACGGUGGACGCACUACAAACUUGUGUGCACGACUCGACACGGCAGCACGCCCGGAGCGUGUAUCCUUUCAAACGGCUGACGCCUGCAAUCUUCCACCCGACCUUACUGAAUUCGAUGCAGUGCUACUGGCUGGCGCUCCACCGAGCCGUCUGUCUGACCCAGAUGCCUUCAUCGCACGCAUGACCGGGCCUGAUGCUAUUGUUCGUCCAGGCGGAUUAGUGCUUCUUUCAGACGAACUUCUUAUCAAUGCAAAGGCAUCCGAGUCGUCCGUAACAAGCUUUUCCAACGGUAGAAAACUACCCGCCGAGUUCGAGUUGCUUCGUGUCUGCGAUCUCUCCAUGUUACUUCGAGAGAAUGAACGUCAUUUCCAGCAUCUUGUUCCACGUAUAAGCAUUUGGCAGCGUGGGGUGACCCCAUUCGCCUAG